GAGCUGCUAACCUGGGUCAAAUCAUGAAGUUGUUACUGGUUGCAGGACUUAGCGUCCUCGUCUCUCUGGUUGUCUCUGAGAAAGAUGAGGCUGUGUGUGGGGAUUGGUCAACUAUAGGAGCUUGUGUAAACAAUGGAACAGACUGUGUACAGCCAGUAUUCAAAGUUUGUGAAGGUGACGAGGAGGAGUACCAGUUUGGGACUAUGCUAUGCGACUGUGACGAUGAAGACGGUGAAGACAAUGAAGAUGAUGAAGACGAUGGAGACAGUGGACCCUUAUCUUCUGGAAGUUCUCUAGACAAUUCAAAUAGCGACAGCGACGACAGUAUAGACGUUGGAGAUGUUGGAGACGAUGAAGACGAUGAAGACGAUGAAGACGAUGAAGACGAUGAAGACAAUGAAGACGAUGAAGACGAUGAAGACGAUGAAGACGAUGAAGACGAUGAAGACAGUGAACUCUUCUCUUCUGGAAGUUCUCUAGAUAAUUUAAAUAGCGGGGAAAAGUUUUGCGUUUCAGACUGUAAAGAUCAGUAUCCCUUCCUGGCUACCUAUCAAACUGGUCUUGAUCUCAAUCUCCAACAACUCUGUCGUAACAACCUAACUGACACUGUUGGAGGAAGAGGAGGAAAUGGUUGUAGAACAGAUGAUUGGAUUGUAGUAGAGACUUGCAAUGAGGAAUGCCACGAGUUCAAUUGGAGAGCCAGUUACCCGAGUUAUUGUGAUGUUGAGGAUAUGUGGCUUUGGUGCUGUAAACCUAAGGCUGAAACCACUGGAACAACUGUGUGUGGAGCGCAUGAUGUGGAUGAGGUUCCUUGCGUGGUUACAGCAGACAGGCGUGUCAUAGACGACUUAGUUAUUAGCUGGGUUGAUGCGGACGGUGUUGACUUGGUAGGAACUGCUGGGUAUGAAGUGAGUGUAACUUACAAAAUACAGGAAGAUAAACUACUAUCUGUCUUAACAGUGAACUCGUGGGUAGUAGCCGGAAAUUCAGCCGUGGUAACAUGUCAAGUUAGAGGAUCAGGGGCACUAGAGGGUCAGGGGGACUACGUAAAUACCGAGGAACCUGCUCAAAUCAAUAAAUUCGGUAUUGAAGUUACUAGCAAAUACCAGAGAGUAGGAUCAGAAGCUCAGUUGACAUGUACUGGAGUGGGGACUGAUAGGAACGAUCAGGGGUACUUUUUCUCUUGGUACUACUGGAAUGAGUCUGGAACGAAGAUGCCAAUAGCUGCCCUGGAAAGCCUCAGCGCCGAGCUGAGAAUUGAGAACAGUGAAUGGGUGUCAGUGCUUACCAUUCCUGCAGAGAACCAAGUGAUCGGUUCACAGAACUAUCAAUGUGUCCUGGAUUACUCCUCGGUUGACAAGUGUGGAAUCCCUCACUCCACCAGUGGUGACGCUACCGGCACACUCAUUGUAUGGGAUGUGACUGCAGAUACUGAUUGUAUUCAUCCUGGAGAUGAAGCUGUUCUGAAGUUUACCGUAUUGGGAACCAAAGAAAUCAGUUCUGUCUCGGACGGGAUCAUCGAAUCUCUGACUAAAGGCACCAUGGUAACUACUGAAACUACAUUUAGAGAUGGGUUCCUGAUGAGGUUAUCACGCAAUGAAGAUGAGGAGAUCGUUGUCACGCUAACAAUCUCUCCCAACAUGACUGAGGAGGUGGGUAGUGAAUUCUUCAUCACCUACACCGGAACAGAGGGUAAAGAAGGCGUGGAACCUAACCUGGAGCUCAACGUUAUGGAUAUGGAUGUUGCUAGAGACCCUGUUGACAGCGACUUAGAUGUUAGUGAAGAUAACUACAGCGCAACAGGACGGGUAUAUGGAGGAAUUAUCAAGAACCCCGUAUGGCUAGAUGAUAGUGGCCGAACUUACAGACCUGGAGUCAAUGCAGAUGGUGUCAUUGUAACUGUUUCUGAAGAUGAAACGUCGUCUACAAUAAAAGUACCCAUAGAAGUUGCUGACCAGUUAGAUAUGUCAGAUUUGUCUCUGCAUGCAGGCCUGUACUCAGAGUUCAAUAAAUACUGCAGAAGACAGGUUGUCAAGGUUCCCCUUCCUGAGCCGGAUAUAUGUCAACCAAGAUGGGAUGUGGCAGUGUGUGACGGUCGAGGCAGCUGUUUUGACUACAUUCAGGAGCGUACCUGGUCUUGUUAUUGUAACGAUGAGUUAGCUGACAUAUCCGAGUGUGAUGUUCCAGACGAGAUACUCACCUUCACUUGUCCUGCUACUGCAGACUAUGAGCUGGGAGGAUUUGAUAAUCCUGAGGAUGUCUGUGACCAGAGUUCAGAGCAGUGUUAUCCAUACCCUAAGUUCCUUAGGAGGACCUGUUACUGUCAAGAUAGCAAUGGUCAAUACGAAGAUGACACUGGUAGUUCAUGUGGCAACGCCGAAUUGGCAAAGCUCCAUUAUUGUGCAGCAACCAAACCAUGGUUGGUCGGCAGCUGGCAGAACGGAGAGUGCGCCUCAGAGUCCUGCUACUCCUCAGAAACUGUCGACACCAGGGACUGCUACUGUGAUGGUAUAAACGACAGGAGCAAGUGUCCUGAUGACCAGCUUGUGAGAAGCAGGUUCUGUCCAGCAACAAAUGACUUCCAGUGGGGACCUUGGGGACCAGAGGUGUGUGAUCUGGAGGAUAGGUGUUACCCUUCAUCCGAAUAUAAGAUCAGGAUUUGUACCUGCUCACACUACGGGCAAUACAUCAAUGACAAUUCUUACUGUGAGGGAGAAUCUGAGAUCGCUUACACCUGCGGUCCUAACAUUGAAUGGCGCCCAGAAGAGAAAGGUGAUCCUUGUGAAGAUUCAGAUGAAUUAUCUUGCAGCGCUUUCUCUGCUUUCCAGCAAUACAGGUGUCUCUGUGAGCAUGGUAAUAUCCUGGAGAUAGACGAUGACUUGAGUCUGUGUAACGCUCGGCCUACGCCAGUUCUCUGUGCGGCUAAUAAACCAUUUGAGUGGUCAGAGUGGGUGCCGGUUUCAGAGUGCAGUGUCUGUUACCCGGAACUAGACCAGAGCAUGAGUAGAACAUGUACUUGUGGAAACAAGGUUGAUCUUACCAGGUGCCCAGGACCCUCCAAGACGUCUGAACCAUGUCCAGCUCCCAAAAACAUUGUUUGGCUACCCACAGAGUGGAGUGAGAUUCCAUGUGGUGAACCCUCCUGUAAUGAGGAAACUUUCUCAUACAGGACACGUGAUUGUGAAUGUGAGGGAAACAAAGAUAACAGGCGUUGUGGUGAUGUGGAUCUGUCUGGAGUUUCCUCUUGUGGUUUCGCUGAUUACGUACUAAGUGAAUGGAGCGAUGACAUCUGCGACGAGAAAAAAUGCCAUUCUUACUCUAAAACUAAAACCAGGUCCUGUGUAUGCCAAGAUGGUGAUGGAUCUUUUACUGAUCUGGAACAAUGUGAUGCUGGAGAGGAGGGAUAUAGUGAGGAGUUCCAAUGCGAAGGAGAUAGCUUCGAAUGGGGCGAGUGGCAGUCAAGAGGAUGCCCGGAAAGCUGUUUCUCGUCAAAGACCAAGCGAUAUAGAAUUUGUUCGUGUCAUGGAAAUGUUGAUUUCAAUUUUUGCCCCGAUGGGGCUGCUAUUGAGUUCCUCGAUUGUCCAGCCUCCGAUUGCUAAGAAAUGCCUAAAUUCAUUAUUUGAUGAUUUUUCUUCGCUCGAUUA